AAACGCAAACAGCUGACCGCUGCCCGCAACCUGCAUCGGUAAUUCUCAACUCGUGUGUGUAAUAUUUUGAUUUUAAAUGAAAAUGUCCUUGUUUCGGCACAUACGCAGUCUGAAUGCCUUGCAAAUUCUGCGGCCAGGUCGCAGGCACUUGUCAACCGCCAGUCUUCAAUACGACCAGGAUCCCCAGCCACUGUUUACAGAUGCCGAAACGCAGAGUCUAUUGCAAUCCAUGACGCAACUACAGCUGGACAAGGUAUUCCGCAAGCGUACUGUGCCCGACAACAGCACUGAGAUGAAAUUCAUGACCCCCGACCAGCUGGAAAAGGAGUUUGUGCAGGCUAUUGAGAAGGCAAGACAUCUACUGCAAAUGCCCCCCAUAGUGAAAGUCAAAGUGGACACAGAGCGGCUUAUCUCAAAGGAUGCGGCUUUGAAGGACUUUGCUAGCACCAAAUAUGUGUUCACAGACAUCACUUACGGCCUGCCUCAGUCGGAACGGAAAGUGGUGGUGCGCGAGUCAGACGGAACACUGGCUUAUGCCAAUCUGGAGACAGUAAAACGAAUGAAUCAGCUUUAUUUCCCCCUCGAGGGGCGCAAAUCCUACAUACCACGCAUGUUCACCGACGAGGAACUGCUCAAGUCCGCCCUAGACACUCAUAAAUAUGAAUUCAUUCUGGACAGAGCCACAGUGCAGUAUGAGCCUUACGAGCCAGAGUUCCACAACAUUUUAUCCCGGGUCUUUGAGCACCUAAACGAGUCCAAGCAAUUCGAUUUAUUGCGCUCGACCCGGCAUUUUGGUCCCAUGGCCUUUUUUUACGCCUGGCACCGUUGCAUCGAUGAUCUCCUCUACGAUAUGAUUAGGCGGGAUUACCUACACAAUGCAGCAGAGCUUAUUGCCUUAAGCUAUAAAAUACAUAAAAUUCCUCUGGACUACAGGAGCACAUUGGAGCAGAUUUCGGCAUUGCGUUCAACGCCCGCGGAGAAAGCUCUUGAGGAUUUACGCAACUCUAUUCAGGCUCCAGAAGAGCGGCAACGUGUGGGAGGCAUCGAACAGGAAAUCCAUUUAGCAAUUGGCAAGACAGAAAAUGAUUUUGCCUCCGAUGAGAUUUGCCUCAAAUUCAUUGAGCAAUACAUUGCCAGCGAACAUGCCCUGAAGAAGGUGCAACUGGAACUGGCCAUUCAGACGCUCAAGGAAGUUAAUCUGGAGAAAUUACAGCUGUUCAAAGGAUUGAAAAAGGCUCAUGGUGUAAAUGUUAAUUAAAUGCUUUUAAUCUAUUGUUAAUAAAACCCUAAAAAAGUUGUAACACUAA